AUUUGGAGGUUAUUUAUUUUUAAUUAUAUUUUUGCAUAUACAAAUGUAGACUUUAGUGUAUAUGCAUAUAUUCAAAUAUAAAUAACGUAAUGUAUUCGUAACUAUAUAAUAUAAUGUUUUAACAAAUUUUAUUAUCAAAAUAAUAAAAAAUGAACGAAGAUCUUAUAAAACGAGUUAAAAAUACAUUAAAAUCAGAAGCAUAUUCUAUGAAUGAAAUUUGGUUAAGAGAUUGUAUAGAAUAUUUUACUUCAGAAAAUGACGCUGUAAUAUAUAAUGAAAUAUUAAAAUUUGUGAGAACACAAUGGCAAUUAAGUGAUUUACGUGAGAUUAAUAAUGAUAAUGGAUGUUUACCGAGAAAUCUUAAACAACAAAUGUGUACAGUAUUACAUGGAACUUAUAUACUUCAGAUGAACACAAUGUAUGAUAUAUCAACUUCAAAAUUUAAACAACUGGAACAAAUACGUAAUGUUUCAAAUGUUAAUAUAGAAGCAACAGAAGAUAUUAAACCUCAAAUAUGGGAGCCUAAACCAAAGAGGAUGCUUCUAUUAAAUUUAACAGAUGGUAUACAAGAUAUUAGUGCUAUAGAAUACAAAACCAUUUCAUCCUUACAUGAUGCAUUAUUACCUGGAUAUAAAGUAAUGAUCAUUGGACCUGUAAAAUGCAGAAGAGGUAUUAUUUUAUUAGAAGAAGGUAAAUUCAGAGAAAUUGGUGGAGAGGUAGAAAAUUUAUCCAUCACCAAUGCAUUAGAAAAUGUUUUAGCUAGAGCUUUAAAUUGUUCAGAAAAUCCAGAUCCUUAUAACGAUAAAAGCCAGGAAGUACAUAAUCCGAAAUCACCUGUUACAAAUGAUUUUUUUGAAGAUGAUUUUGAAGUGAAUUUGGAAGAAGUUACAUUAAUCGAACAACAAAGUCAAGAGGUAGAUAGGAUACAGAAUACAGAUAACACAUCACGUACUAUAAAUACACAAAAUAACAUGUUUAGUACAAGGAAUAUUAAACAAAAUUUUGUUCAUCCGAAAGAUCCAGUUAAUAAGAACGAGAAAAACAAAAAGAAUGAUAUUGAAAUUAUUGAUAUGGAUGAUGAAUUGUUAGAAAUGAUAGAUGAAAAUCAAUUUAUUGCAUCUACCUCAAGUACAUCUAAUAAUAAUGGAAGUACAGAUAGAGAAAAAAAGAAUUUAGUCAAACCUUUUCGAGUAUUACCUAAAGAAGAUAAUGAUAAUAAUAUUGAAGAUGAUAUAAUAAUUGUGAAAGAUAAAGACGAUACAUUGAAAUGUUCAACUGGACAAAAAAAUAUUAAAGAACAAACUGACAUGUAUUUUCCAGAGGAUGAUUUUAAUUUUGAUGAUAUUGACAUGUUAGAAGUGUUAGAAAAAAAUGAUUCUAUAUCAAAAAAUAAAGAAUCUGAUAUGAAAAGAAAUUUUCAAUCAACUAAAUCAUUCUUACAGAAUAUUCCAAAUUCAAAACAUUCCCCAACAAAAGACAAAAAUUCUUUUGAAACGUCAAAACUUAAGAAAAAUAAUAUUAAUACAAGUGGAAUAUCAUCCAGGGAACAAGUUGAUUAUAAAAUAGAAAUUGGAAAUAAAAGAUCCGCGGCAUUAAUGUCACCACCGCCUGUUGGCUCAUCAAAAAUACGUUGUAUCAAAGAAACAACAAAUAAAGAGAAAGGCGUACAAAAGAUUUCUGACUUUAUGAAAACAAAAAUUGUAAAAGAAGAAAUACCAGCGAAAAUUUGUGAUUUCAUUUGUGACAUAAUUGAUGAGACGAUAAAAGAAAUAAUGUUUAAAACUGUACGAGGGCAUUUCAUUACUUUUGGAAAAUUAUCUAGAAAAAAUUCUUGCUGGCAAUUAGAAGGAACAAUCUCUGAUAAAACAGCAGCUAUAGACGUUGUUGUUGCUUCCGAGAUUAUAGAAAGAUUUCUUGGAUUUAGCGUUAAGGAAUUUUCCCAAAAAAGAAAGCUCGCAAAAACCAAUGGUGAUAUAGAACAUGAAUUGAGAAUGGCAUGUCGUAAUGCAGAACAAAAAUUGAAACAAUUGGAUGCUUUAUUAGAAUUGGAAUUAAAGCCAGAUCAUAAAGCAAAAGUAGUAAAUAUUAGAUCAUUGACUAAUCAACAAAAGGAAUUAAUUGAUAAAAGAUUGAAGGCACUGAAGAUAUAGAAAAAAAAAAAAAUUCUAUUUCAUAUAUUAUUUAAACAAAAAUUUUGCUUUAUAUAGUCAUUAUUAUAUCAUAAUUUUUAUAUUAUUACUAUUACGACAAAGCUCUUUAUAUUUUUUUCUUAUUGUAGAAAACUCAUUGUUAAAAGUUCACUCAACGAAUGAUAACGUUUUGAUUACAUUACAAAUCGCAAUUUUAUUUUUUUUUUAAGUUUUAAUUAUUUAUUUUUGUUAAAUAAAUAAAUAAACUAUUUAAAGAGAGAGAAGGGAGAGGGAGAGUAAUAUGUUUGUUAUUGUGCUUUAAAUAUUGGCCCUUGAUGUAAAAAAGCCAAGAUGCUCCAAUUUAAAACUCAAAAGAGAGUAAACUAAAGGGAAGAAUUUGCAGCAUUCAUUUUCAAGUUUUUUUUUUCUUUUUUUUUUCCUGUAAUGGUUGUACACUUCCGUGAAUACCACACCCUGAUUAUGUAAAACCGACUGGCAUUGUGCUGUGGUACAGAGCAAUCAUACCUUGCUCUUCAAUGGCGUAGAAUUUAAAUCCAUGUUGUACAACCUCUACAAAUAGUAAAAUUAUUUCCUUUUU